AUCGAUUGCAAAAGUAUAGUCCAUUGGCCAGCGAGUCUAGCAACACUUGAGACACACUCCGCCGAGCCACGAAACAGUGCCGAAGGAAAACCGAAACCGCACAGGCAAAUCAUGAGGAAGAUCUGGUCCAGAAAGGACAAGGAUAAGCGACGGAGUUGGACGGGCGCGUCCAUGGUUUCCAACCACGAUCGUACUGGCAGUGUUAGUAGUUUGAAAGAGGAGGACAACGAGGAGAUUGUCCAUGCGGACGGUGGCAGGGGUGCUGCUUACGGCGGCACCGCUCCGCUCAGUCCCGUUGGGAGUGCCCAUGAGGCGGGUGCAGCGUCGUCGGGAGCCAACACGGCCACGACAACAACGACGAUGAAGACCACUCGUGGAGGCCUGACGCUGUCCUCUAGUGGAUCAAAUGGUAGUUCUGCCGCCACGUCACUCUCCCAGCUCAUCAAGCCCGAAUAUGACCACCGACUCGUGAAGAACGCGUGGAUCAACGUGAUCAUCAACUCACACAACACGGAGGUUUGUGAACAAUCUCUUCGGUUAUUCCGAGCAGAAAUCAAAGGGUCACAUCUUUAUUUGUACAAAUUAUUGUCUCCCUUGAGCAACGUACGGAGCUUCCGGUUGGACGACGACUCGGACUCUGUCAAUGGCACUGUAGCUCCUGCUGGAACACUGCUGACAGACGGAAACUCCUCCAACGGCGCGGGUGCUCACAUACAUGACUUAAACCCAUCCCCCGUGGGGAAUGCACCCUCCAUAUAUUCAUCACACAUUGCAUCGACCACGUCACUUGAGGCUCCGUCGCUCUACAAACAGCUGACCAACGCGUCCCAUUCCACCUUGAUGGAUAAUCAAAGCAUCUUGGAGGAUGGUGAAGCCACGGGAUCGUCCACCGCUCCCGUUGAUGGCGCCCCUUCAGUGGAAGCUGAAAACUCAAGCUCCACCACCAACUUAAAUUCAAAUUCCGCAAGGUCUGCAGCUCCAGUGUCAACCACCAACUCCUCCACGUUGACGAUCACUCACUUUUCUGCAUCUCCUCACCCGGACCUUCACUAUAAUCAAGAAACAAGAACUUUCCUCCCCAGUCUGUCAAUAGAAGCACUCAUUCAUUUCAUUCUAUUCACGCCUAAUUCCAAUGCGUACCUGGUACAACAACUCAUUCAAAUCCUCCCGAUUUUCCCCAAUAUCUCGCAGAUCUUGAAGCUUGUGAAUGCUUUUGUAGAGGCCAUUGCUGCGAAAAAGUUUGAUUCUACUGAUGAUGGAGAUGCCUCCACGGGUUCUGGCUCUGGAACUGGCACCGUCAGUUCCGGUUCAUUCUCCAACAUUAAUGAAAGACUUCUCCUUCUCUUAAAAAACAUUCAAGACAACUUCAACGGAUUCCUUUUGAACCAAGACAUUGGUCCCAUCAUUCUCCAAAUCCUUCAAUCACUCCUCAUAUUAAACAGAAGUGGAACCCCUAAUUCCAUUGAAGAAAGAACAGGUUUCCUCACCAAGUUUGAAAGUUUAAAAAAAUCUAUGCUUGCUAAACAACAAGUUUUGGUGAACCUCAUUUCUCCCGAGGUGGACUGUCAAGAUUUGACGUCUUUAACACAACUCUCAUCGUACAACUUGUUGAGUAACGUACUGUUGGUUGAGCUUGCAAACACCAUUUGUUCAAUAGAUCUUCAUUACUUCCAAGGAUGGAACUCUAACUUGGAUAAAUCUCUUUUACUUACUUCAAGUACCAUUGAGAUGGAUUUCCAUGUCAAGAAAAACCCACUCAUCUUCAACAAUGAUACCCAUAUGCAUUAUCUUGCCCGGUUACUUGUCCAUCAUUUAUUCCUUGAGUCCACCGUAGGACUUUCUCUGCUGGCGAUCUUGGAAAGAAAGGCCAAAAUUUUGGAGAAAUGGAUUGAUUUGGGAUGUCUUUUGGAUAAGUUGGGGAACAUGAGUUCCUGGUUGGGUAUUGCGUCCAUUGUGUUGUCACAACCCAUUUUGCGAUUGACAAGGGUAUGGUCUUUGAUAUCAUCUGAUUACAUCAAGUUGUUGAAGAAUGAUUGGUCUCCAGUUUUAUUCGAAUUGGAUAGAAGAUAUUUGACCAAUGGUAUCCGAGUGAACAGCGACAAUAAUGACCAUAAUGAGAGUAAUGAAAGUAAUGAGAAUAGCAACAAUGGAGGAGAUGACUUGAAGGAUUCCUUCCAUAUCAUGGCCCCUCGAGGGCUUGGGAAAAUAUACCCCAAGGAAAACGUGGUGCCAUAUUUUGGGGACUUAUCCAUUGGGAACUCGUUAGGACCACUCAAUGUCCAAGAAUUGGAAAAUGUAUGGAAGAAGAUCAAUUAUUCGUUCAAUAGAUGGAAUGAAUAUUUAAGUAAUUUGAAGAAUCAUCAAGAAAUUAUUCAGUACAAUAAGGAUGUUUUGAGAAGAUAUGACAGUAUGGGGUUCAUUCUUAGUAAUGAAAGUUUGAACCAAGUGCUUUAUCUUGGUGUGAAUGACGACAGUGCCGCCACUGUAUCGGGCAAAAUGCCUCCUCAUUUCGAUGAUGUCGACACCACUCCCCCACAAGAAAUUUCCAUCAAUGACGAAUUAAGAGAAAAUUUGUUCAAAUUGAUUGAAAUUAAUUGUAAAUCAAUAGAUUUGAAGAAACUUAUGGAAUUAUCAUUGGCUCUGGAACCUCAUUUGCCGGAAAAUUAUAUGAUUUUGGACCGGUAUGCCAUGAAGCAACAUCGUAAUCAAGAAAGCAUGUCGAUAAAUUCCCAGGAAUCACUCCCAAUGACCUUGACCGAGUAUGCGCCACGGGUGACCGUGUUCAACCCGUUGGCGAGAAUCCCCUUGUUCAACAAUACGUACUUUAAGAUCAACUUGAAUAAGUACGAUGAAUUGACUGGAGUCAUGAAUGGGAAUGUCUUGGAGGUGAACCCAAUUGCACUUGAUGGGAAAAGAAACAUUGUCAUCGAUGAUGAAUUGGUGUUCCGGAUCGAUGACUUUAUCAAUGAUAUGGAGAACUCAAUCCAUGAUUUUGAUGAGAUUGAUAACGUCGACAUUGAUGAUGAUGUACCCGGCUUGGGCAUCGAUGUAGAUGACAUUUUGAACAGUGACAAGUUUAACAAUUUGACCAUUGAGUCACCCAAGAUUGGUUCUAGAGGGGGCAGAAGACCGGUAUCCAAUGGAGAAUCGUUGCCCAUGACCGAUGAUACCGCAUCUAGCUCAGGAAUGGGCGGUGGUGUUGGUGGGUUGAAUCUCAAGUAUCUCCCAAAAUACGCCUCCAUUGAUCGGUUGAUUGACUUACUUCUUAUCGAUGCAAGAUUCUACAACGACAACAUCAAGAUGGACUUGAAUGAAUAUCGAUUUGUAUUCCUACUCAAUUAUGAAUCUUUUAUCACCACCAAGGACUUUUUAGACAAAUUAGCCCAUCGGUUCAUCAAUAGCGGGAACGCGGUGAUUUCCAUCAUGAAGAAAAAUUUCUUCUCCAAGACUGAUAAACCGUUUGAUGUGUCACAAUUUGUCAAUUGGGACAUUGAUGACACUGUGGAUCUUACCGAGUUGGGAGAGGUGGAUUACGAAUUGUUAAUCAAGAUCCAAAUCAAUAUCCUCAAGGUUUUGAUUGUUAUGUUGAACAAUUUCUAUCUGAAUUUCGCUACCGAUUUGAAUAAUCGCACAGUAUUGGUGAAAUUGUUGAAAUUGUACAGUAAUGAAAUUCUUCAAUGGUACAAUUCCAACAAGAUCAACGAUCAAUUGGAAGGUUCGUUCGAAGGAUUGGUCAAUUAUUAUAAACGGUUGAAGAAAUUGUUUAUCAAGAAAUCGUACAGACCAGUUGAAAUCACCAAGUUUGAUGAGUAUUUGAUCAAUGAUUUCAAGUUUAAUAACCUGUUACAUGAAGUGCCCAUCAAUAGAAACUUACCAGGUCAUAAGAAUGUCGGUAAAAUCGAGAAAUUCCUUCAUAAAUUCAAUAAAUUGUUGACAAUCUUCUACAAGGGGAUCCGAGUGGAAGAUUGGAUGAAGGUGUUCAAAAUCUUAGAAUAUCUGUUUGAAACCAAUAACAUGUUGGAAUUUAACUUGCAGAAAAAUUCCAUGAAUGAUGACAAUUUGAUGAUUUCCAACGUGUUUACAUUUUUGGAAAGUUUGAAUGAUUCCAAGGAGAAGAUGUUAAUCUUGAAGAAAUUCCCCUUGAUUUUCAGAAAGCUUUUCAAGUUGUACUACAAGUUUAAGGUUUACUUGUUGAUUCAAUUGACAGACUUGAAUAUUACGGUGGAUGAACGAUUGGACAGAAUGAAAACUUUGUUGAUUAUGGUACAGACUUCGAAAUUGAAAAUGAAGGAUCAUCAAUUUAUCUUUGAAGGUACCGUUGGCACCGGGAUCCCCUCGUGUAUUGAGAGUGCCAUCACUAAUGUGAUUUACUCUCCAGAGAGUAGAACGUUCACAAACCUUUGGGUUAAGGCUGCCAAUUCCUUGACCGAUCAGAAUGUUAGUGCAUCGUCGUUUGACGAUUUAACACUGUUGUUACCUACUACGAUCCUGGAACAUGAUUUAGCCAUCAACCACGAACCUCUUUUGCCAUGUUUUGGAUGGAUCAUUGAAAACUUUAUUGAAGUCAACAAGAUUCCAAACUAUUACCGGGCGGAAACCGGGGUGAUCAACUUCAACAAGAAGUACUUGGUGUACAAGGUAAUCAAAGAGUUGGGAAUUGAAGAUUUGGACCCAAUCACUGGUGACCCACAGGAAAUCAACCAUCAUGACACAAGAGAAUUUGAAUUCUUGUUGAAAUUGGAUGAAACCUUGGUUCGUAAGCAAAAUAUCAAGGACUUCAACAUGUUAGAAAAGGAUAAACAUAAGCUAUUCCGAUCAGUCUUGAAAGAACAACAUCGUAUUCUUAUCUUGGACAACAAGAAGAAAAUCGCUAGAGAUAAUUUGAUUAGUCAAUCGUUGACGUUGACGUCGACAGGCAGUACCCUUCAGAGCACCCUUGUUGGUUCUUCUACUGGCGGUGGUAACGGUGUUAGUAACUCAGCCAAUGGUAAUGGUAAUGGCAACGUUCCCACCACUGUGUUGCCGGGCUCAUUAAAUAAAAAGAAUUCGAGUUCUUCGCUCCGAAGACAAAGUUUAUCUUACAAGUCCAAUUCAUCUUCAAGAUUCAAGAUCAGUGGGUUGUUCAACAAGGCAAGACCAUUCUCUCUCAAUGUUUCUGGACUUGGAGGUUCAAGUACACCAGAAAAGACAUUGUCAUUGAAAGAAUUACCCACUCCAGAAUCUCAAAUUGAUCCUAAACAGAAACCAUAUUUGAUCAUUCCAAUGAAGAAUAAAAAGAUUUUCCCUGUUUAUUUGCUCCCACUUUGCUUUAAGAUUGAUAGUGAGAACUCUAAUGAAGACUAUUUCUUCCAAUCAUGCAAUGAAUACGAUUUGAAUGAUUGGUUGAUGAAAUUAGGCUUUGCUAACCGUCAUUGGUUCUAUUCUAAGAAUUUGAAUCUCAAGGUCAACAAUCCAAACAUCACCUUUGGAGUGCCGAUCUCGUUGAUUUGUAACCGUGAGAAACUGUUCAGUCCGUCCGUGUUACUGGUUCUCUUCCAUGAGAUUGAAACUGAAGGCUUGAAAGAUGUAGGGAUCUACAGAAUCAGUUCAUCGGUGAGUGACUUGAAUCAAGUCAAAUCCAUCAUUGACAAAACUGGUACGAUCAAUUUCCAUGACAGGUCAUGGGAUGUACACACCUUGACCAGUGUGGUGAAGACGUAUCUUCGUGAGUUGCCCGAUGCAUUGCUCACUGAUAAGGUAAUUGAGAAGUUUUUCGAGACCAAGCAAGCCAUUGAAGAAGCUUUGGAAGUACCCGUUGGUUCAUCUAGUGCACUUGAUGUGGGUCAUUCUCAUGAAACUACCCCAUUCAUUAGUGAGAUCGAAUCCUACAAGGACAUACUUCAACUGUUGCCCACCGUUAAUUACUACACCUUGAAGCUUCUUUUAAGACAUUUGCAAAAGAUCAGUCAUUUCAGUGACCUGAACCGGAUGACUCCAUCCAAUUUGGCCACUGUGAUUGGACCGGCAUUGACAGAAGCCAGUAGUCUUGAGCAAUUGGUGAAUAACUUUGGAUUUAUGAAUUCCAUUUUGGAGAAGUUGAUUGUUCAUUUCAACUACGUUUUCGAUGAGGAUGCUGAAGAAGAUGAAGAGGAGGAAGAGGAAGAAGAUGUUGUGAUUGGAGAUGGGUUUGGGGGUGUUUCCUAUGAGAAACAUGAAGGUGGUGUAACUCCUUCCACAAAUCUCGAGCACGAAAUUGAAGGAAAGAAUAGUAUAGAAGAAUUAAAGGAGAAGAUCUUGUUGGGUGAUAAUAAGGAGAGUGUUUCUAUUGGCCCAAUAGAAUCCACCGAAGACAAUGGGAUUCUUUUACAAGAAACUCCUUUGGCCACUGACAAUAAUGACAUGAUUAAGGACGUGUUAUUGGAGGAACGUAGCCUGUAA